UUUCUUCUCCAGUCUAAUAGGUUAUAUGCAGUAACAAUGGAGACCUCAGAUGAGGAAAACUUUGGUGUAGCCAUCUCCUCCCCUUCUGAUGCAGAGUUUGAUGCAGUUGUUGGGUAUCUGGAGGAUAUUAUAAUGGAUGAUGACUUCCAGCUAAUCCAGAGGAGUUUUAUGGAGAAGCACUACCAGGAGUUUGAUGACUCAGAGGAAAACAAGCUCAUCUAUACUUCUAUUUUUAACGAAUAUAUCUGUUUAGUAGAGAAAUACAUUGAAGAAAAACUGCUUGAUCGGAUUCCUGGGUUUAAUAUGACUGUGUUCACAAUGUCAUUGCAACAGCACAAAGAUGAAAUGGCAGGUGAUAUAUUUGAUAUGCUUCUCACAUUUACUGACUUCCUAGCUUUUAAAGAAAUGUUCUUGGAUUACAGAGCUGAAAAAGAAGGUCGAAGUCUGGAUUUAAGCAGUGGGUUAGUGGUGACAUCAUUAAACAAAUCAUCAAUAUCCUCCUCCUAGAAGAGUUUACGCACUAGCUUCCCUCUCCUCUGGAUGAGUGCUAUCACUUUCAUUUGGACAUUAAAACACUAGAGGUCAUGAGAAUCAAGGUGCUUUUAUGUGAUGAAAACUGACUAUGCCUUCAAAGGCCCAAUCCUAGAAACCUCUCUUUGUGAGUUCUAGUUGGUAUUCAGUGACCACAGCAGAAGAAAAGUUCAACUCUACCAGAGUAAUUGUUUUUAAUAAACAUAUGCCACCUAUACACCAGCCAAACUGUUAUACAUGCCGAGAAGCUCAGCACCCUCAGAAGGGUGCUAAACAGAACUAUAUGCCUGUUACUUGGGUUGGCAUCUUAACCAUCUCCCUGAAGUGUAAUGCUUCUCGGAAUCAAGAAGGCAUUGUAAAAAGAGCGUGUCCAUCCUGCUCUGGGAAGGACAGGUACAAAUACAUAACAUCCGAGUCUCUCUCCCUCAUCGCUUUCUUUUUUUAAUCUGUACUUUAAUAUGAUAUAAGAUGGUACAACUUUCUAAAGGAAAAAUAUAUUUUAACAUGUAGACGUUCUAGCAUGAGACUGCGACUCAUCUCUGUGCUAAUUCACAUGCUAGUGUGUAGACCUGUGUGCACUUUGGCUUUUAUAAGUGCCAUCCUUAAUGCGCGAAGUUCUCUGAUUCACUUUUUUUCAGGCCCCAGCUAAUCUACAUUGCAAAAAUAGCCAUAAUAAACCUAAAUUUUGCCCAUAAUAUGCAGUUUCUUACAUUCUUUUCAGCAGUGACAUAUUUGCAUCAUUUCUGGUAACAUAAGCCUAGCAGUAAAUCAGGCACAGACAUGUUCACCACCAUGUCAUUUAAUGCUCUAAUUAGCAUGCUAAUUAAAAUGCAUAUGUUUACCAUAUUAAUGCUUGAACUGCUGGCAACAUUAGUGCAGCAAUGCCUUCUUCAACAUCCAUUGAAAAAAAGAUGAAUUACUUGCUGGUAGAGCUGUAGCCGUAAGCCUUUCACUGUCGCAAAACCCCAGAUGCAGCUCUGUUGGCAGUUGGAAUUACAACGUAUUUGGAGCUGCAGUGACCCUCUGUUCUUAUGCUGUUCAGACACGUUAAUCUGCUGCCUAACGAUGUGCUCAGGCAGCGUGAGUACAUCCUUAAAAGCGUAAGAGUAGAUUGAAACAUGCGCUCUUGAUCCUGUAGAAAGAAUUAUGAGCAGAACCCCUCUGCUCUGUUCUACACAAGGUUUAUGCAGUUGGGGGAGAUACUCUUUGGCAGCAGUGAAACAGUUGAUCAGUGGCUGUCAUU